GGAGGAACCAUCGUACUCAAUGACCUUACAGCGCAAUGUCAGAUCGUUUGGGGCAAACAGCAAAGGGGAAGGAUGGAAAAAAGUAUUCGUCGCUCAACCUGUUUGAUACGUACAAGGGCAAGUCCUUAGAGAUCCAGAAACCCACAGUAACCCCCCGCCAUGGCUUGCAGAGUCUCGGUAAGGUUGCCAUUGCCCGACGCAUGCCACCCCCUGCGAACCUGCCAAGCUUAAAAGCAGAGAACAAAGGCAAUGACCCCAACGUCUCACUAGUGCCGAAAGACGGGACAGGAUGGGCAAGCAAGCAGGAACAGCCAGACCCAAAGAGUACCGAUGCCUCGACAGCUCAGCCGCCGGAAUCGCAGUCACCGCCGGCUACACAGACGUCUGCCUCAAACCAACCGAAACGACCCCCAACAGCCCCCGAGACUCCCCCUACGGUAGCAAGCGGGGUAAAGUCCUGGGCGCAGGCCAGCGUUACCCAUGGAGCACAAGGCGAUGGUGGAAAGGGAUCAAGCCUACUGUCGCGAUUCUCUCGCGAGGAAUUUCCGACCCUGCAGGCGGCUGGCGACCAGGACAAACCUGGCAAAGAAAAGGACACUACCGAUGCGUCGUAUGGGCCCGGACCAAACCUCCGCCCCCAGAAUGCAACCAGCUGGCGGGAUGGAGGUGGGCGGGGCACCGAUGGGGAGCUGGUGCCUGAGGAUGGACGGGCUGGUGUCAGCUUGCAGCCCACCAUCCCGCCUCAAUUCCCUCCCUAUCGGGGGAUGAUGCCGCCAUUUAUGUAUCCCCCAUAUCUCCCGUUCCCGCCUCCGUAUGGGCCACAGGGACCUUACCGCUACCCCACAGCAGAGGCACAGAGGUUCCAGCGGCUCCCAGGGCCUCGCCCCGCACAACCUCCGUCGCGCACCGCGGAACCUGUAAACCGCCCCCCCGUCCUCAAGCAGGACGACCUGAAAGAAUUUGACGAGCUGGACCAGGAAAACGACGAGGGCUGGGCAGGAGCCCAUGAAGAAGUGGACUACACUGAGAAGCUAAAAUUCAGUGAUGAAGAAGACGGGAAAGAGUCUGAUGAAGAAACUACUGAAAGCCGCAAUGAUGAAACUUCUGGUCCUGAAACCCAGUCCUCGGGCGCCGAGACAAAGAAAGCUGGAACUCCAAAAGAGGAUCAAUCUCUUGUGAAAACAGCCUGGACUGAAAACGCCCGUCCUGCGGAGGGCGCCAAAGACGUGCCGCCACCUUCCCCUGCCGUCCGUCCACCGCCGCCUCCGCCCCCUCCACCCCCAAACAGGGGCAACUGGGGGCAGCCCAACGAUUUCCCGGACCGCUCAGUGCGGCCGCUUCCUCCUGAGGAUGAGGAUGAAGCUUGGCGCCAGCGCCGAAAGCAGUCCUCGACGGAGAUCUCUGCUGCGGUGGAGCGUGCCCGGCGUCGGCGGGAGGAGGAGGAACGGCGCAUGCAAGAGGAACGGCGAGCGGCCUGUGCCGAGAAGCUCAAGCGCCUGGACGAGAAGUUUGGCACUCCCGACAAGCGUCUGAAGCCGGAGCCUCCCAAAGAACCUCCUACUCCUACUCCUCCUACUCCUCCUCUGCCCCCCACCCCGGUGCCCCCCAGUCCACUGGCUGCCCCAGGCUCCCCGGAAGAAAAAAAAGAGGAGCUGGUUCUGGCUAGCAAACCUCACAACGCUGCUGCCGGUUUCAGCGGCGGGGGCGGCAACGGCAGCAAUGGGAUCAACUUGGACUCGGCUGCUCUUGCUGAACCCCCUGUGACUCCGCCCCCUCCUCCCAAGGAAGUUCCAGAAGUGAGGGAAGAGCCGCCAGCCUUACCUGGACCCGUCCUUCCAGCAGCGCCCAUCUCUGCCAAGGUGGAGCCCAAGGGAGAGACGGUUCUCCCAGCUCGCCAGCCAAUUCCGGCGCAGACCCUUGGCUACUCAAAAUAUCAGAAGUCCUUACCGCCUCGAUUCCAGCGGCAACAGCAGGAGCAGUUGCUGAAACAGCAGCAGCAGUGGCAGCAGCAACAGCAGCAGCAGCAACAACAACAAAGCCAGGCGGGGCCACCUGGACAGCAGCAGCCGUCGGCACCCCCUCAGGCACAGCAGGCUCCACCCAAAGGCAUCUACCCAGGCUCCAUUGGACGGCCUCCGCCAAUGCCUCAGAUAAACUUUGACCCUCGCUGGAUGAUGAUCCCGCCUUACAUGGACCCACGCAUGAUGCAGGGCCGUCCCCCUAUGGAUUUUUAUCCUCCUGGUGUACACCCCUCUGGUCUUCUGCCCCGUGAGCGAUCAGACAGCGGGGGCUCCAACUCAGAACAGUUUGACCGCCAUCCUCCCAUCCUUCGCGAGCGCGGAACGCCACCUGUUGAUCCCAAGCUAGCCUGGGCUGGAGAUGUCUUCACCAACGCCCCUUCUAGUGUUGACUCACGGCCUCCAGCAGGAUCGCUUCGGCAACAGGAUGAAGAGGAGAAAGGGUUACGGAGUGAGACACCACCUGUUCGCCUCCGCGAUGCUGUCACCCCUCAGCCAUACAUGGGGAACUACCAGGGUUUCUCAGAAAAUGGCAACCCUACACCAUUGCAUCGCUUCCCCAUGGACGAGUCCCCACGGCCAGGAGGGCCUUGGCAAGCUAGCAUGCCUCUGCCAGCACCGGCAGAAGUGAACAGAAAUGGACGCCCAGAGCCCCAAAUGCAGACACCUCGCAAAAGUGAAGACGAACCACAGUUGCUCCAUCGUGACCUCCCAGAAGAGGUCAAAUCAGUGGAGCCUCUGGUCAUUCGUCCCGUAGUAGCUAAAAAGCCUCCCUCUGAACAGCCAAAAGAGGAGACCCCGGUCAAAGAGGAAAUAAUACGGCGGGUUGAAAAGCCACCGCGGCAGCAGCAUGAAUUCCACAAGCAGCCACGGCGUGAGUCCAAAACAGAGACACGUUGGGGUCCUCGUCCUGGCAGCAGCCGGAAAAUUGAAGACAUUUCUGGAGACAAGACUCCACGCCGAGCUGGGCCCAUUAAGAAACCGCCACCCCCUAAGGAGAUAAAAGAUGAAGCUGACGAUGUGCGCACUGGAGGAAAGGCCAAGGAGAGUGGAGAGGCAGUGAGUAGUAAGCCGGAACUACCUAAAGAGCCUCCAAAACCGGGCAAGGAGAACAAAGCCAAGCCAGUGGUCAAUGGUGGAACAGUGAUGCCACCCAAAGAACAGCAGCAGCAGCAACAACAACAACAGGGCACUCUGUCGCCAAGCCGGCGGCGGCGAGAAGGCCCUUACGAGCGUGGUGGCUAUGCUGGCCGUGGCCGCGCAAGGGGGCGAGGAGAGUAUUUUGCCCGAGGACGGGGCUUCCGAGGUGCUUAUAGUGGCCGUGGUCGAGGCGGCCGGGGAAGAAGCCGAGAGUUCCGUAGCUACCGUGAGCCCUUCUAUCGACUUGAUGAUGGGCCUGGUAAAUCUAUGGGACCUGGCUCCAAUUUCCGUCCUCGCAACACCAGCGAGACGCGGAGUGAAGGAUCAGAAUAUGAGGAGAUCCCGAAACGGCGACGUCAACGGGGGUCUGAGACAGGAAGUGAGACGCAUGAGAGUGCCAGCGAUGUGGCCCAUUCGGACAAGGAGAUGACCAAAGAACCAGCCCCUAGCCAGCGUAACCGAGGCCCGCCAAUGACGCCGACGGCAGCACCCCACUCCCAGCACCCCGGUUUGCCUCGAUUUGCUGACAAGAUGCCUCCACGCCUCUCAGAUCCAGGAGCCCGUAGUGGGCGUGUCUUCACUCCUCGGGGUGUACCUUCCCGUCGUGGCCGAGGAGGUGGCCGUGCUCCUCCUGGCGGCUGGAGCCCUCCCUUUAAGCCCCAACCCAACAAGAAACCAGAAAAGCAACAAGAGGUGGCUGUGGAACCUUCAGUGAAGGAAAAAGCCCCCCCGGGACCUCCCCCGAUGACCCCAGAAGAUACGGGUGGUUUUCAAGCCUCCCCUAAACAAUCUCCCCUGUGCCCCAACUCUGACCGUACCUUUGACCGACCACCUCGGCGACGGCGCCACGGCCGUUCUCAGCAACAGGACAAGCCACCUCGAUUCCGGAGGCUGAAACAGGAACGGGAGAACGCUGCCCGCCUCAACGGUGAGCAGAGGGUGGGUCAGCCUUUCUCCCCGGCACCUUCUGUUCCCGUCCCGGAGGAAUCGACAGCCCGUAGAGUGGCUGGCACAAAGUCUCCGGAUUUGUCCAACCAGAACUCUGACCAGGCAAAUGAGGAGUGGGAGACGGCUUCAGAGAGCAGCGAUUUCACAGAGCGCCGCGGCGGUGGGGAGAAAGAGCCGGCGCCUGGCGGACCUCCCCCCACUGCCUUCCUGAAAGGGGGUUGCUCCACCGUGCCUUCCGUCGGGGGGCGCCCCUCUACCAAUGAGCUCAGCUUAGCCCAGAAGAAGGAAAUGUCCAAACGCAGCUUCUCCAGCCAACGGCCUGGCAUGGACCGACAGAACCGGCGCUCCAACCCUGGCUCGGGGGGAGGAGGCAAAGCUGGCCGUGGAGGGAGCAACAGCGGUCGCAGCGGAGGGGAUAAAAGAAGCUGGCCCUCGCCCAAGAAUCGCAGCCGAAACACAGACGAUCACUCUCCGGGCCUGAGCCUUCCUCCUGCUCCUACUACCAGUACAGUGUACCGUUUGGAUCGCGUCAUUCACAGUGACCCAGCUGGCAUCCAGCAGGCUCUAGCUGAACUGGGCAGCCGCCACACAAAACCCGCCUCCCCUGGCCCGGCUCAGCCGUCCUUCCUCGGAUCCGGAAGCGGGAGUGCUUCCGGCCACCCGUUGGGGUGCUUUGAGAAUAGGAGUGGCAGCAGUACAGAUUCCUGCUUCCUGGACAAGAACCAGCUUCUCCGCUCCAGCGGUGCUCCUCUGAAGGAAUCUGGCCCAGUAGGUGGCUUUGGUGCAAAACGCCGUGAACGGCCUCGCAAGCAAGAUCUUUUGCAGCAGGAGCCCCUGAGCUUUCCCAGCAGCGGGCCAGGUUUCGCAGCCUCCAAAGGCGAGACCCCGGGGGAGCCUCUCAGCAGGAGCGGGCCAGUGUCCGAAGGCCUAGCCCCACAGAUCUGGAACCGUCUGAAUUCCAACACUUCCCGGAAAAGCUACCGUCCUGCCUCUGUAGAACCAUGGAUUGAGCCACUGAACGCCUUUGAAGAGGUUGCAAGUACAGAGAUGAGCCUGUCUGACAGCGGUGUGGACCUUAGUAGUGACUCACAGGUCUCCUCGGCCACCUGCAGCCAACGCAGCUCUCCGGAUGGGGGCCUGAAAGCCACACCGGAUGCCGCCACCAAGCAGGGUGGAGCCAUUGGCAAAAGUAAGGAUGACACCUUGGCCACCGAUCCAGAAGGAACGGACGCAAAGGAACAAAGGAGGAGGCCACCACCGACCAGAGACUCCAGUUUGCUCAAGGACAAGAAGAAAGACGAUCUUACGAAGCUGGGUCUUGCCAGAGACACCGGUGUGCAAAACUUCUCUGAGCAUCAGAAAUUUCAUGGGAUAAUUCUGCACUUGAUCUGGUUGAAGCCAGUUUGCGUCUCCGUCAUUUUUCCAGGGGAGGUGGAAGGAGUGGAGAUCGGGGCACCUUCAUCUGAACUUGUGAGCGGCUCCCCCGAUCCCCUGCCCCGGGACCACCCUCCCCCUGGCGCGAUCGGCACUGAGCGCUCCCAGCGGGCAGAGAAGGCCAAGGAGAGCACAGAGGGCCUGGGCGUUCUGAAGCCUGAACAGAGCCCCCAACUGGAGCCCCCAGGAGCCUGCCCGCCCAUCCAGUUUGGUGCCAGCGAUAAGGACGCCGACCUUCGCUUCAUUGUGAACGAAGUCCCGAAAGCAGGUGAAGAGCUGCACCAGGCACUCGCCGAAGGGCUGGCCUCUGCUCCCCGAGAGUGGGAGCUGCUUCCCCCGGCCCCUCCCAUCCACAGGGCAUCCCCCGAGAUGCCUCCCAGUCGUUCCUUUGAGCCUCGCUCUUUCCCGGGAGCUCCAGCUGCUGCCGCCUCGUCCUGUUUGCAUAGCUUCCCAACAGACGCUCCCAUGUUCUCAGGUGAGAGGGGCCAGGGGCCACGCCUGUACCCGGAGCUGUUUUAUGGGAACCAGCUCUCCAACGCCCAGCUCGAGUCCCAGCUGCACAGCGCAAGCGGCGGCAGCAACUUCCGUCCAAGCACCCCGUCUCUGCACUCGUACAGGUCCCAGCACCUGUACCUCCAGCCCAGCCCAGCCCCUACUUCUCCAGCUCAGACCGCAGCAGGUGCAGUGCUUCCGAGCUCAGCCUUGCUCUCAGGAGUGGCCUUGAAGGGGCAGUAUGUGGAAAUAGCAGCUCUGCAGGCGGCCGACCUGCCCAAACUCCCGGCUACGGGCUUGCUGUACCAGGCACCGCCUCCCUCCUUUAUCUACAGCUCAGCCUUCUGUGGAAGCCAGUUGGCUCCUGAACAGGCCUUGCUUCAGGUGCGCCAGGAACUCGCCUCCCCCUCCGAGUUCUACCCGGCCACGCUGGGGCAAGGCAGCCAGAGCAAUUUCCUGACGGCCACAGGACCUGCCCAACAGGUGCUCUUGCCAGUGGUGGAGCCCCCCCAGUUACCAUCGGUGAUGAACUUUGGCUCUUUGCAACAAGCACCCCCACCUGCUCCUGCAUCCCAAGGGCCACCCCCACCGCCUCCAAUGCCUCUGGUUCCUGUGGCUGCCCAGGCACUCCGGCCACCGGGACAGCUGGCUGGGCGACUGGUGUCUCCGGCCAUCCGAGCCUUUCCUCCCGGUGGAGUAGGACGGAACGAGCUUCACGCUCUGGAAAUGAAACCGCUGCCAGAUUACCGGAAACUUAAUGGCCUGGGGUCUGUAGGUGCCCGACCCCCUUCUGGGAACAGGCAAGUACUCUCCGGGGGGCAGCGCAUCCUGAGAGCACCACCGAGAGAGCCGGCCAAGUCAAGGCUGCCUGGGGGUCUCUUUCCGAGGCUGAGUCUUUUUCUCUCCUCCUGCAGGCCUUUCUCUGGAGGCUUCAGUGCCAGGCUCAAAUCUCCCGGGUCUGGCUACGGGGGCCUCUUCCGUGCCCAGCGCUUUGAGGUCUACCAGCAGUCAGAUGUCCUUCGGUGGAACCCCCGCUGCUGGGAACGGGCAGCUCCACCCCGGGAUGGAGCUCCCGUCCGCCGCCUUGAGCCGGACCCCCGUUCCCACGCCGACAAGCAAGACCCCAAUCUCUCCGGACACCACUAACCCAGAAUACUCCUCCCUCCCUUUUGGAUUUGGUUGACAUCCUCUCCUCAGAAUGAUUUUUUUGUGUGGGGGGGGAGGGCUCAUCUCUCCUCUCGGUUGAUGUAUCCUAAAGACGGGGUGUCUCCUUAAGCUCCUUUUCUGUUUAUGUGGGGAGGGGGCACACUGAAUUUGUCCCCUCUGUUUAGGGGUGUUUAGACUCUUAGUGGGAUACUCGGAGUGUAAUUGGGGGGGGCAAGGAUCAGGAUUUGGGGAGGCUCCCAGCUGAAUGUAUUUUUGCUUAUUUCCUUUGGUUUCACCUGAGUUUAUAUUUUUCCGGGAGGGGCUGCGUUUGCCUCUUGAUCCGAGAGGGGGGGGAGCUGCUCUUAAAGUGUGGAGUGUAAAUAUAUAUAAAUAUGAACAUGUGAGGUCUUGCCUCUCCCCUCUUCUAUUUAUGGGAGUAGGGGGAGGCGUGCCUGGGAGCCUGCCUCCUCUCCUGUCUAUCUGCUCCCCUGAGUUUGAAAUAGGAAGCGUUGAGUUUUUAAAAGGUGGUCGAGCUGGUUUGUUUAAUA